GAAUCACGGCCUGAUUCUUCUAAAACUGCCCUCAGCUGGAAAUGGGACAAAUUCUAGCUAUUAUCCUGUUUAUUUGUUUCAUCGGCACUUCUGGUGAGAAUUUGUCAAGAAAUAAAGAGGACUCGUUGAAUGAGAUAUUGACGGUCGAAUCUAAAUUACAAAAUAAUGGUGCUGCUUUGGAGCAUGACAGAUUUGCUCGUCACGCGGCAAUGGAAAUGACAGUGACAGAAUCAGUAAUCAAUCAUCUCAUGAAAGAACUUGGCCGACGCUACCCCCAGGCAAAGAAACAACCCAAAUCAUUGAAAAAGGUCAUCAGAAAUCUCAAGCAGAAACUCGAAGACUAUGUUCACGUGAAGAAACCACUACGUACGAGACCAUUUGGAAGCAUUAAUGGAAAUAAAGGAAGAAAAGAGAAAGGAAGAAAAACGAAAAGGAUACGUAAAGUGAAGAGAAAUAGACAGAAACCAAAGAGUGUCUUCAAUAAGGUUUACAAUUAA